AUGGCUCGCACCGCUCUGCCUCUCUGGGCCCCCCACCUGGCCGGGCAGGAGCACAUGGCCCGUGCCGUGCUUCUCAGCCUCACCCCGGUCGGUGUCGCGAGCGCUGGGCUUGCCUGGCGGAGGCGCCAGGGUGUCGCCAACUUCUUCCAAGCACUAAGCCAACAACGUCCUGCGGGCCUCCAGGGGCUUAUAUUGUCAGUGGGAAUUGUUGGAAUGUGCGGGUUGAGCCUGGCAUUUCCAUUGCUUAUCUGGCACUGCCGAGCCGUGCUGGCGGCUUCUUCGGAGGCGGUGCGACUCUGGCUGUUGGGCGUGGUGGCUGUUGCUGCUGCGUUGUGGAAUGCGAGGUGUCUGGGGACCCGCUUCUUCAACGGCUUGAGGAAACAUUUCCCCACUAAAACAACACUGGUCUUUCUGCAGCUGAAUCUGGCAAUUGCUGGCAUGGCUAUCUUGAGCGGCACCCUUCCAUACCUUGUCUGGCACUGUCGGGCAGUUUUGGUUGCUUCUCCGGAGGCCUCUCGCCACGUCCUCCUCGCCGGUCUACCCGUGGCCCUGCUCGGCGUUUUGGGCUCCCUGAGUAAGCGCAAGCGCACCAUCCUCAAGGAAGGCAAGCCAUCAAAAGCGUCCUUCUUCAAGUUCUUGAUCUUCUGCUUGGUGGCAGCAGGGGCUUGGGCCUCCUUGGCUCUUCCGCAGGGACGCCGUACGUUCGGCAGCCUUUGCCGGGCUCCGGGCCUUCAGAAGAUGUCUGGAAUGUGGAUGCAGGCGCUGGCGCUGAUGAUGUUCACACUUGUACUGAUGAAAGUCUUUCUGGACCGCUUCCUCCAGAGGAGAAAGAGACGAAGUGUGACCAAGCAUGCUCCCUGGCAAUGCAGCUCCGUCACGUCCGUGACGCCGGAAUCCUUCCGCAAGCUGCGACCCACCUCCCAGCGUGAGAUCGAGAAGAUCUUGGGCCAAACGGACUUCGAGUCUCCCGACGCAGGGGAUGCGUUGGCCGAGCACCUUUGCCACAUGCUAAAGGUGGGACAUCCUUGGACCUCGUUCGUAGAGAAGCUGCGGGCACACAAGUUCUUCCAAGGCAAGGAGGCCAAGCCCACCAUCACCUCCCUGUUCUUGUGGCUUCUGCAGAAUUCCUCCGAGGAGGUGCGUGCUCACCUGCUGAGAGCCCACAUGGCGCAGAAUCCGGUCCCUGUGAGCACGGCCUGGCCCAAGCCACGCUUCUGCCAAGAGCUGCUGUGGAGUUUGCCCCAGCGUCCUGUCCUGGUCAGCUUCAAGACUUCUGAAGUGCAUGGAGUUUCCAAACUCCUGAACAAGCUCUUCGACACAAACUUUGCGGAGUGGGGCAGCUUGGGGAUGAAAGCAUGGCCUUCUGCGAAAUGCAAUCGGAUGCCGACAUCAAGGCACCGGGUCGUGGCUUCGCUGUGA